AUGCUGAAAGCUUCGAAAUCAAUUUCUGUAGAAGAUCUCAACCGAUUUUCGGAUCUCCACGACGAUGACCAAGUUUCUGAGAAGAAAAUUAAGAUUCCAGGACGCACGAGAUGGUAUAUUUGUGCAAUUGUGACCGCGUUGAUGACUUUGAUUCAAGCCAAUGUUCAUGUUUAUAAUUUCACAGUUUUAUGUAUGCAAGAGGAGCAAGCAAAGAUGAUUAAUGAAAGUCGUUCACGAAAUGAGACAAUCAUCCCAUCGACACUAAACUUCAACUUCAGUAAAUUCGAACAAGAUCUUUUAUUCUCUGCUGCCUACAUUGCUCCACUUCCUUCGAUUAUUAUUCUCUAUUUUCUAACCAAUCGAUCAGGAGUCAAAACUACAUUCAUGCUUUGCUCAGUCAUGUCAUUCUUAUCCACAAUCCUGACUCCAAUUGCCACUCAUUACGGUUUCUGGUAUUUCUGGGCGGCUCGAUUUUUCCAAGGACUUCCAACUGCCAUCCUUGGAAUCGUUGUCUCAGUUGUCACAUGUCAUUGGUCCACUCUUUCUGAAAAUGGAACCUACGUUUCGAUUCUGGCAGCUCACUAUCAAAUCGCUCCUCUUUUGACAAUGCCCUUAUCCGCUUUGAUGUGCAGUGUGGGAGGAUGGAGUUCUGUUUAUUACACUCAAGGAACUAUUACAGCCAUUCUGAUUGUUCUUUUUGCUGUAUUCUACACUGACAAACCAUCAGAGAGCAGAUAUGUUUCUAAAGGAGAAUUGAAGGCAAUUGAAGAUGGAAAGUCAUUGGAAGAGAAACACGUUGAAAAGAGCAAGACUCCAUUUGUGGCGAUUCACAAAGAUUCAGCGGUUUGGGCUAUUUGGAUCACAUCUGUCGGAGGAACCAUCGGAUUCUCUAUCUUUUUGCAAUACGGACCAACCUAUCUUAACAAAGUUCUCCAUUACAAUCUCUCUACUACUGGAUGGACUGCUGCUAUCCCAUACAUCUUCUCUUGCAUUGCUAGAAUCGUUGCUCAACCACUUUCUGCAAAUUGCUCAUUCCUUGGAGAACGUCUUGCUGCUAUUGUCUCCACAUCCAUUUCCCAAGGAACCAUGGCGAUUGCCUUUUUGGUUCUAAUGUUCAUUCCACAAACAUGGUCAUCUGUUGGACAACUUUGUUAUAGUUUGGUGAUAGUUGCCAAUGGAUUAAAUGGAGUUGGAAUCACAAGAAGUGCUCAAUUGGUUUGCAAGCAACACAUGUCUUUUGUCUACACUGCUAGAGCAUUUUAUAAUGGAAGUGUUGGAUUGUUCUUGCCUCUUCUUGUCAAUUUUGUCGCACCAAAUGAUACCCAUAGCGAGUGGUCGAGACUCUUUUUGAUCAUCUUCUGUAUCGUCUUUAUUUCCAACCUCAUUUUCAUCAUCUUCUCUCGUGCUGAAGCUGCUCCAUGGACCAUUGGAACUGCCGAGGUUGAUGACAGAUCUGAACAGGAUUUGGAGGAUCAGAAGAGUAUCUCGACUGCUACUACGGUAGAAAAGUUUUAG